GCGGCGCGCGGCGGUUCCAUGGCGGACCCCCGAGCGGAGUCGGAGCCCCUUCUGAGCCGGGCCCGGGGUGACGGCGGCCGCGACUGCCCUGCGGGCUCAGCCUCUUGCCGCCCUGGUGCCGCGUCUUGGCGGGACCUCUGCUUUGACCAGGCUGCUGUCUUCAUCGAAGAUGCGAUCCAGUAUCGCUCCAUUAACCACCGCAUGGACGUCAGGUCGAUGUGGCUUUACCGGUUGUAUUACUCGAACACGUGCCAAUGGAUAUUGAGCCUCACCAUUUUCUUGAUCCUGUUUUUGGCCUUUAUCGAGAGCCCUUCCUCGCUCACUAGCACCGCGGACAUCCGCUACCGCUCGGCCCCCUGGGAUCCACCCUGCGGCCUGACCGAGGGCGUCGAGGUGCUCUGCCUGCUGGUCUUUGUGGCCGACGUCUCUGUGAAGAGCUACCUGGUUGGGUGGGCCCAGUUCCGGAUGAACCCCUGGCUGCUGGCCUACCUCGCGGUGCUGGUCGUGUCUCUCACGGACUGGAUCGUGUCGCUGAGUCUGCUUUGCCAGGAGCGGCUGCGGAUCCGCAGGCUCCUGCGGCCGUUCUUCCUGAUGCAGAACUCGUCCAUGAUGAAGAAGACGCUCAAGUGUAUCCGGUCGUCGCUGCCGGAGAUGGCCAGUGUCCUGCUGCUGCUGGCGCUGCACCUGUACAUCUUCACCAUGUCUGGGAUGCUGCUCUUCACAGGCGAGAAGCAGGGCGAUGGGCAGGACCGGGAGAGGCUGAUCUAUUUUCGCAACCUGCCGGAGGCUCUGACCUCCCUCCUGGUGCUGCUGACCACCGCCAACAACCCUGACGUUAUGAUUCCUGCAUAUUCCAAGAACCGGGCCUACGCCAUCUUUUUCAUAGUCUUCACCCUGAUAGGGAGCUUGUUUCUGAUGAACCUGCUGACGGCCAUCAUCUACAAUCAGUUCCGGGGCUACCUCAUGAAGUCCUUCCAGACCUCGCUGUUCCGGAGGCGGCUGGGAGCGCGGGCCGCCUACGAGGUGCUCUCCUCCGUGACAGCCGAGGGAGAAGCCCACCCCCGAGAAGUCGGGGUGCGGCCCCAGGACUUCCUGCAGGUGCUUCAGCGAGUCCAGCUGUCCGGCUCCCACACACAGGCCGUCGUGGAGAAGGUGCGUUCCUAUGGUGGCGACCUGCUGUCAGCCGGCGAGUUUCAGAAACUCUUUAAUGAGUUUGACAAAAGGGUGAUUAAAGAGCCCCCGCCACGGCCCGAGUACCCAUCUCCCUUCCUGAGGAGGGCCCAGAUCGUCUGCAGCCACCGCUACUUUGACUACCUGGGGAACUUCAUCGCCCUUGGGAACCUCGUGUCCAUUUCUGUGUUCCUGGUGAUAGACGCAGACGUGCUGCCCGAGGACCGAGACGACUUCGUCCUAGGGAUUCUCAACUGCGUCUUCAUUCUUUACUACCUGCUGGAGUUGCUGCUGAAGGUGUUUGCCCUGGGCCUGCCGGGCUACCUGGCCCAUUCCAGCAACGUGUUCGACGGCCUGCUCACCGUCGUCCUGCUGGUUUUGGAGAUCUCAACUCUGGCUGUGUACCGAUUCCCACACCCGGGCUGGAAGCCAGAGACGCUGGGCCUGCUGUCGCUGUGGGACAUGGCCCGGCUGGUGAACACGCUCAUCGUGGUCCGGUUCCUGCGCAUUAUCCCGAGCCUGAAGCUAAUGGCUGUGGUGGCCAGUACCGUCCUGGACCUGGUCAGAAACAUGCGGGCUUUUGGCGGGAUCCUGGUGGUGGUGUACUACGUCUUCGCCAUUCUGGGCAUCAGCCUGUUUCGCGGCGUCAUCGUGGCUCCUGGAAACGGCAGCCUGAGCACUGACAACAGCUCGGCACCCUGCGGAAGCUUCGAGCAGCUGGAGUACUGGCCCAACAACUUCGAUGACUUUGCGGCCGCCCUCAUCACUCUGUGGAACGUGAUGGUGGUGAACAACUGGCAGGUGUUCCUGGAGGCCUAUCGGCGCUACUCGGGCCCGUGGUCGAAGAUCUACUUUGUGUUGUGGUGGCUGGUGUCGUCUGUCAUCUGGGUCAACCUGUUUUUGGCUCUGAUCCUGGAGAAUUUUCUUCACAAGUGGGACCGCCGCAGUCACCUGCAGUCCCUCGCUGGGGACCCGGACAGCACCUAUCAGAUGAGUGCAGAGCUCUUGUUCAGGGAGGUCCUGGAGGAGCCGACCGAGGACGAGCUCAUGGAGAAGCUGAGCCACCACCCGCACCUGCGGCUGUGCAGGUGACGUCCAGGUGCGCCGUCCCGGCGAGGGCGGCGGGGGGCCCUGUUGCCUCAGGACCGACGCCGUUGUGGGAGGAGGCGGAGGCCGCCCUGAAGGAGAGGAAGGAGAGACUUUCAAUUAGAUGGACUAACGGACGGGUGGACGGACGGAACUCCGCCACCCACCCUAGGCUGGGGCUGAGAGCAGAGGCCCCGGGUCACUGCUGAUCCGAACCACUAACCACCACCAGCUUUUCUUGGUGGCACCCGAGUGGGCUGCUUGAACUUUGUGUGGCGUCUGGGCCACGCCGCUCUCUUCGUAAGCUGGCUUCGGCAGGACUUCAGCUUCUCUGAGUCCUGGAAGAGGGUGACUCCUCAGGGACUCUCAAGACUGAGCAGCGGGAAGCAGCGACCUUCCUUCCAGAGCCUGUGAUUUCCGUGGUGCCUUCACUGCUGGUGGCUUUCGGGGACCAGAGGCCCGCCUGGGGCCCGUGCAGGCCAGCCAGCAGCUUCCCAGGGCAUUAGGUUUGGGAUCCUGGUGGUUUUACGUGAGGAGGAUCUUAACCAUUUUAUUAUUUAACGGUUCGUGUGAGUGUGAUUGGGUGUAUUUCUUUAUGGGUCAGAAUGCCAAUAGUUUUUAUCCUGAAGUCUUGCAAAGA